AUGGCGCCCUCGUACAUCCAAGUCCCCUCGAGGGACGACGAGCAAAGAGUCGCUCUGGCGGCUCCGAAAAGUGCCCACAUGGCCACUACGACGCUCCGCGUUGAAGGCAUGACCUGCGGCGCAUGCACUUCCGCUGUUGAAGCUGGCUUCAAGGGCGUCAAAGGUGUCGGCAACGUCUCAGUAAGCCUCGUCAUGGAGCGUGCCGUCGUCCACCACGAUCCGCAGAUCAUCACCGCCGCCGAGGUCCAAGAGAUCAUCGAGGAUCGCGGCUUCGACGCCGAAGUCCUCGCUACCGACCUUCCGAGCCCUGCCGUUACCCGAUUCGCCGAGAGCCAGAUCCAGGACGACGACGACGGCCUUGCGACGACCACCGUGGCCGUCGAGGGCAUGACCUGCGGUGCCUGCACUUCGGCGGUCGAAGGCGGCUUCAAGGACGUCCCGGGAAUCAAGCACUUUAGCAUUUCGCUGCUCUCCGAACGAGCUGUUAUUGAGCACGACCCGACCCUUAUAUCCGCCGAGCAGAUUGCCGAAAUCAUCGAGGACCGUGGCUUUGGAGCCGAGAUUGUCGACACGGUCAAGGCGGAAAAGUCGUCCAAGGCUCCCGAGCGCAUGAGCAAUACUGCCACCACUACAGUGGCCAUCGAAGGCAUGACUUGUGGCGCCUGCACCUCGGCCGUGGAAGGAGGGUUCAAGGGCGUUGACGGCGUCUUCAAAUUCAACAUCAGCUUGCUCGCUGAGCGGGCCGUCAUCACCCACGACGUCACAAAACUCUCCCCGGAACAGAUUAUCGAAACGAUUGACGACCGGGGAUUCGAUGGGAAAAUCUUAUCCACUCAAUUCACCGACGACCUCCAGGGUGGAUCUUCAAAAUCAUUCUUCAAAUUAUUUGGCGCCUCAGAUGUAGCUACGGCACAAGCUUUGGAGACUGCAUUGCUGGGGCUGCCUGGUAUUGACUCUGCGUCAGUCAACUUGGCCUCGUCCCGUCUUACCGUUGGCCACCAGCCUGAUGUCAUCGGUCUGCGAGGGAUCGUCGAGGCUGUAGAAGCCCAUGGUCUCAAUGCCCUCGUCGCCGACAACCAUGACAACAAUGCCCAGCUCGAGUCUUUGGCCAAGACGAGAGAGAUUAAUGAGUGGCGGACCGCCUUUCGUACGUCACUGGCCUUUGCGAUCCCCGUCUUCAUCAUUGGCAUGAUUCUGCCCAUGUGUACCACCAAACUCGAUUUUGGUGCCAUUAAACUGUUCCCUGGUCUGUAUCUUGGCGAUGUUAUUUGCCUGGUUCUUACGAUACCCGUCCAAUUUGGUAUUGGAAAACGAUUUUACAUUUCGGCCUACAAGUCGGUCAAGCACGGUUCUCCCACCAUGGAUGUACUAGUCAUCCUUGGUACGUCGUGUGCCUUUUGCUUUAGCAUUCUGACCAUGGUUGUAUCAUUGGUUGUGCCUCCCCACACGAGGCCGAGUACCAUCUUCGAUACGAGCACCAUGUUGAUCACCUUUGUCACUCUUGGCCGUUACCUUGAGAACAGUGCCAAGGGCCAGACUUCGAGAGCUCUCUCUCGCCUCAUGUCGCUGGCCCCCUCGAUGGCAACCAUUUACGCGGACCCCAUUGCGGUCGAAAAGGAUACUGAACGAUGGGCCGCCUCCAGGGUCCCGGAGACUCCUAAAGCAUCUGAAGCAACAGCGGGAACACGCGCCUCGGCGUAUGAAGAGAAGGUCAUUCCCACGGAGCUGCUACAGCUGGGUGACAUCGUUGUCAUUCGACCUGGUGACAAGCUUCCUGCCGACGGAGUUCUCAUACGCGGCGAGACUUACGUCGAUGAGAGCAUGGUGACUGGUGAGGCUAUGCCUGUGCAGAAACGAGCAGGAGACAACAUCAUUGGCGGCACCGUCAAUGGUGAUGGUCGGAUCGACUUCCGAGUCACCCGUGCCGGCCGCGAUACGCAGCUCAGUCAGAUCGUCAAGUUGGUUCAGGAUGCCCAGACCACUCGUGCGCCGAUCCAACAGCUCGCCGAUACCCUUGCUGGUUACUUCGUCCCUACAAUUCUCAUCCUUGGUCUCGGAACCUUUCUUAUCUGGAUGGUGCUCAGCCAUGUGCUGCCGAACCCUCCCAAGAUCUUCCUCCAGGAUGCCAGCGGCGGCAAGAUCAUGGUCUGUGUGAAGCUCUGCAUCUCUGUCAUUGUCUUUGCUUGCCCCUGUGCGCUUGGUCUGGCCACCCCAACCGCCGUCAUGGUUGGUACGGGUGUAGGUGCCGAGAAUGGCAUUCUGAUCAAGGGCGGCGCGGCGCUGGAGAGGACCACCAAGGUGACGCAGAUCGUUCUGGACAAGACCGGUACCAUUACCUAUGGAAAGAUGAGCGUUGCCGAGGUGAACCUGGAUGCUGAUUGGGAGGACAAUGAGCGCCGACGGCGGCUCUGGUGGACCAUCGUCGGGCUUGCGGAACUGGGCAGCGAGCACCCCGUGGGCAAGGCCAUCUUGGCUGCUGCUCGACGCGAGCUCGACCUGGACGUCGGCGGCACCAUCGAGGGCAGCGCUGGCGAGUUCAAGGCCGCUGUUGGCAAGGGCAUCAAUGCCCUGGUUGAGCCGGCCACAGCGGAGCGCACUCGUUACCGUGUUCUCCUCGGAAACGUAGCGUAUCUGCGAGACAACCGUGUCGAGAUCCCUGAGGACGCCAUCGAGGCCUCUGAGCACAUCAACUCGGCCGCCAGCAAGGCUCCCUCUACGACUCCCUCUGCCGGAACCACCAACAUCUUCGUCGCCAUUGACGGUCAGUACACCGGUCACCUCUGCCUGGCCGACUCCAUCAAGGACGGCGCCAAGGCGGCCAUCGCGGUCCUCCACCGCAUGGGCAUCAAGACGGCCAUCGUGACUGGCGACCAGAAGUCGACGGCACUGGCUGUCGCUGCGGCUGUGGGCAUCUCACCUGAGGACGUCUACGCCGGUGCUAGCCCCGACCAGAAACAGGCGAUCCUCAAGCAGAUCCAGGCCCAGGGAGAGGUUGUCGGCAUGGUCGGUGACGGCAUCAACGACUCGCCGGCCCUCGCCACAGCAGACGUCGGCAUCGCCAUGGCUAGCGGUACGGACGUUGCCAUGGAGGCCGCCGACGUGGUGCUGAUGCGGCCGACCGACCUCAUGGACAUCCCCGCGGCCCUGCACCUCUCGCGCAGCAUCUUCCGGCGCAUCAAGCUCAACCUCGCGUGGGCGUGCAUGUACAAUAUCAUCGGCCUACCCAUCGCCAUGGGCUUCUUCCUCCCCCUCGGCUUCCACAUGCACCCCAUGAUGGCCGGCUUCGCCAUGGCCAGCAGCAGCGUCAGCGUCGUCGUCAGCAGCCUGCUCCUCAAGACCUGGAAGCGCCCCAGCUGGAUGGACGAGGCCGCCGCCGAGACCAAGGGCGGCCUGCGCUGGAUGGGCGGCCGCGGCGUCGUCGGGUGGUUCCGCGAGACGUUCGGGAGGUCGAGAGGCGUCGGCAAAGAGGAGGGAUACGUGCCGCUGGCCGAUCUGGAGGCGGCCGAGGCGCGCGCUUGA